AUGAAUAUUGGAUUAAAUAAUGUUUCAUAUGAUAUCGAAGGAGAAUAUGUCCAUUCAGAUAAUGCAAAAGACUAUGCCGCCAUUUAUGAAAAUCUAAAUAUUGAUAAAGAGAAAAAGUUUGAACCUGAUAAUUCGCCAGCUGGCACAGCACAGCAACGAGCAGAAUUUAUGAGCUCUAUUAAAGCAUCACUGGAGGAAAAUAAGAAUAUUCCCGUUGAGUCAUAUUGUCCUUUAUCAGAAUCUAUUAUUCGUUUACCUACUAAGGAAGGUGCGACGGCUUACAGAUGGCAGUAUCCUAUACCGCAUGCUCUAAGACCAACACUUGACAAGCAACUGUGUAUCAAUAGACAUAUUCCUCAAAAAACACUAAGUGCGCCGUUUUCAUUAAUGUAUGCUCGCAGAGUCAAUGUGCCUGAUGAGUAUGGUGACAAAGAUAAAUACUCUCUUCCAAAAGCCACAGUUACAAUUGAUGAGCUAGAGAAGCAGAUUGAUCAUAUGGAAAAUAUUAUAUUCCCUGCCAUUAACGAACCUGAGUUUACAGUGUAG